CAGACUUCCAUAAAGCACAUGAUACCUGACAACAGUCGUUAAUAAGUGACCAAGGUCGUGACAGUAGAGGUUUAUGGUAUCGCAACUUUGCUGGUGAUUACCUGGAGCUGUGGGGGAUCUCCUGUCUGACUGUGAGACCGUGUGUGUGUGUUGUGGGGCGGGUGAUGCCAGUCCAGAGGUGGGUGUUGCUCCGUCACGUCUCUGCUGCUUUCCCCUCCUCUCCGUCCUCCCGGAGCUGUCGCACCCACGUGCUCGGGUCCAUUCGGUCUGCCGCCGUCAACAUGGCAGAGGAGGCGAAGAAACGAGCCGCUUACUGCGCCGUGGAUAGCAACGUUCAGAACAACCAGGUGGUUGGAGUGGGCAGUGGGUCCACCAUUGUGUAUGCCGUGGAUCGGUUAGCUGAGAGAGUCCGAGAGGAAAAACUCAACAUCGUGUGUGUGCCCACCUCCUUCCAGGCUCGACAGCUGAUUUUGCAGCAUGGCCUGACGCUGUCGGACCUGGAAAGACACCCAGAGCUGGACGUGGCGAUCGACGGAGCGGAUGAAGUAGACGCAGAGCUGGCGCUGAUCAAAGGUGGCGGCGGCUGUCUUACUCAGGAGAAGAUUGUCGCCGGCUGCUCCAAAUAUUUUGUCGUCAUUGCUGACUACAGAAAGGACUCCGAAGCUCUGGGUCAGCAGUGGAAGAAGGGCGUUCCCAUCGAAGUCAUCCCCAUGGCGUAUGUUCCCGUCUCCAGGAUGAUAGCCAAGCGUUUCGGAGGGGAAGUCAAUUUAAGGAUGGCAGUCAGUAAAGCUGGUCCUGUCGUCACUGACAACAGCAACUUCAUCCUGGACUGGAAGUUUGAGCGUGCCCAGAACUGGAGGGAGGUCAACACUGCCAUCAAGAUGAUUCCUGGUGUGGUGGAGACGGGGCUCUUUGUCAACAUGGCUCAGCAGGCGUACUUUGGGAUGGAAGAUGGAAGCGUGAAGGUCCGCGAGGCUCCCAUCAGCGAAUGAGUCGACCGCAAUCCCCACCCUCAGUCAGAAUUUCACCCACAAGUGCCACGAUCACAACCCAACCCCAGACUCAACCCACCGGGACGUUUCCUUACCUCGCAUAAUAAGUUCCAGACUAUGAGCUGAUGUACUUUUCACAUUCAGAUGGUUGGUGCUUCUGAUUUCACCAUUUAUUUUAAGUGCCUGUUGAGCAAAAUUAAGUCUCACAAGCAAAGCUCCUGUCAUUGAAGAGUUUGACCAAGUGGCUGCUGGCCUGGGCUUUAAAGCUGACCAGGAAACACCGCAGUCCUGCUGAAUAAAGCUAAGGUGUGCCUUAAAGUUGUUUGCAAUCAAAUUUGAAACGCUCAAACCCAAAUGUUGGUGUCGCGUCGGUUAAAAAUAAAAAUGUCCACCGAAGAAACGAGAAGCGGUCAGAUCUGAACUGUGAGAUUCUGAGGCGACGCCUCCACACGCAAUCUAUUAAAGCAGCAGCUCCUACAGGCCAUAAAGAGCAACGGCGAGCUCUAAAACGGCCCUUCUAAUGAAGUAGAAACAUCUGCUUCUAAAUGUUCAGUUUGUCAUCAAUCAUAUAAAUGUAAAUCUUUGUGGCAUUGAGCAUUUUCUGGUUCAUCUUUCCAUUUCCUUUUUAGAAUGAUGGUCUUUUUUUUUAUCUGACACUGGUUAGAUCAGUGUCAGAUAAUCUAGGUUUGUUGGAAAACGUUUCUGUUUUCCUCUUCAGUUUUACCUACUCCUGUAGCUGCUCUAGUCAGCAGGGUAGAAGUAUGCAUCCUCCCUGUCACACACUAAAACCAGUCUGGUCGGUGCUGGAAUACACGCGUUGUUUUUUGCCUAAAAUACUUGCAUGAUUUGCUCCUAACACCAGGGGUCUGGAUGCAGGAGGUCUUGUGCCAUAAACUCAUUCCAAAACCAAAACCCAGUGAUGAUGGUGGCGAAUAAUAUUAGAAAUAACCUCCAACACAAAUGAUGAGCGAAUCUCAAAAACCUGAUCAGAUUUGACAAGUAAAUGCAACGGUCAGUCCUUUUUGCUUUUUAAGGAAUAGACGGUGCGUCAUGAUUUUCUACAUUCCUGAUUACAGUCCAGGGCUGCAUCCAUUAUCCAUAUUUAAAGUGGUGACACGAUACCUGAUACUGUAAUUAGGUUUUUGCAUAUUUGCCUUUCUAACUGGAAUACUGAGAGCAUCACAUUCUGGGUAAUUUCAGUUUUUCAGUCUUGCCAAAAACCUGCUGUUGAGUUUAAGUCGUGAAAGUUGUCUCAGGCUCUGUGGCAUAAUCUUAACUUUUCUGAUCUGAAAAGAUCUGAAAACGCAACUAUUGUCGCACCAGCAUUCUUUUCUUUUUUUUAACCAGUAGACUGUGAAUGUUGUAUUUUUUUCUGCACAGGUACAGUUUUUCUUUAGUCAACCCAUACAGGACCAAGUUAUAACCCAUGCAUGUUUUGUGUCUGAGUUAUUGGAGUUUCAUGUAUUAAGAACUGUUCCAAUACUAAAAAGAAAAUAAAAGUUGAGUGAAAAAUG